ACCAGGUGAAGACGUUCGUCCUUCUUGAAUCUGGACAGGUAAGAAGACAAUAGGCACGAUGAAGCUGCUGGUUCUACUAGCAUGCGUUGCCAUGGCAACCGCUGCGUCACUCUCUUUCGAGAGCCAAUGGGAGGCCUUCAAGAUCAAGCACGACAAGGUAUACAGUGAGAAAGAGGAGUAUGCUCGUCGUCUGAUCUUCCAGGACAACCUGAAGACCAUAGAGAGUCACAACCAGGAGGCAGACACCGGCAAACACUCCUACUGGCUGGGGGUCAACCAGUUUGCUGACAUGACACACGCUGAAUACUUGAACCAGGUGAUCGGUGGAUGCCUCAUUACCUCCAACCUCACCAAGACAGGUAGCCGCGCCACCUACCGAUAUAUGCCAAACAUGCAGGUCAACGACACAGUCGACUGGAGGGACAAAGGACUGGUCACCGACAUUAAAGAUCAGGGCCAAUGUGGAUCUUGCUGGGCAUUCAGUACGACGGGGUCCCUGGAAGGACAACACGCCAAGGCCACGGGUACCCUGGUGUCCCUGAGCGAACAGAACCUGGUGGACUGUUCCCGACAGGAAGGGAACAAGGGUUGUGAGGGCGGAGAUAUGGACCAGGGCUUCCAGUACAUCAUCCAGAACAAAGGCAUCGACACGGAACAGUGCUACCCUUACAAGGCAAAGAACCACAGGUGCAAAUUUGACAAUUCUUGUAUCGGCGCCACCAUGUCGAGCUUCACUGACGUCACAUCCGGUGACGAAGACGCUCUGAAGCAGGCUUGUGCCAACAUCGGACCCAUCUCUGUGGGCAUCGACGCCAGUCACCAGUCGUUUCAGUUCUACAGCAGCGGUGUGUACAAUGAGUUUGAAUGCAGCAGCACGAAGCUUGACCACGGCGUGUUGGUGGUAGGGUACGGUACAUACGGCAGCAAAGACUACUGGCUGGUAAAGAACAGCUGGGGCACCGUCUGGGGCAACGAGGGUUACAUCAUGAUGUCACGCAACAAGGACAACCAGUGCGGAGUCGCCACCGACGCCAGCUUUCCAGUCGUGUAGCUCUCACUAUACUACUCAUGUCGCCAUGUUUCUUCUAUGAUGAUUUGACUCCUUGAUUAGAUAAACCUUACUCUCUUGAUUUGAAUGGCCAUUUCCUGAAGAAAUAUAUUCACAACAACGUUUAUAGUUAAAGGUUCUUGUUUAGCGGUGCUGGUUCACCUUGAUGCCUUCAAAAUUAAUCUUCGUCAUUUACAUAUUUCUUAACAGUGUUUACAUACAAAUCAGUGUAGUGCCCCGACUAUGUUGAUUUUCAUUUUACUGAGACAAAUAAACUUUACAAAAUGGAAUUUGUACGUAUUACUCGAGCUUUAUCUACUAUAAUAGGACGAUGCUAUAUCUCUGUGGUACGUGUAGACAUAUGCAAUUACGAUCUAGAUUAUAUCUGCGUUUCAUAUGCAGUGAACAGCAACAUGACGCAACACUCUGUACUUGAAGUCAGUAACCGCAUGACCACUUUUGUAGACCGUGACAGAACCACACCGUCGACGAUGAUCUGAGACAGUCUCGUACAUUUUGCAUAAAAUAUGCACGGCUAUCGUACGACGAUCUUACGACGCAUGAGAUCGGGCUCUCAGUAAAAGUUACUGAU